UGAUUUAUUUAUUUUUUCAAGGUUUGGAAAAACCAUUUGACCAAAAGUGUAGAGCAAAAAGACAGCAUCAAAUGAAGGAAUUUCAGUAUAGCAACUAGGAGUUGCAGUUAUUUUUACAGUGCUAUGCCAGUGUGAAAAUGGUGGUUCAUUUUUAUGCACUCGCUGUGGAGGCUCAUACUCAACGAAGAGUAACCAACCAGACAUCAACAAUUUGAGUGUGGUGUUGUUCGUCAGUUUAUUUGCUAUCUGUGUAAUAAAAAGUUCACACACAGCCAUAAUCUGUCUAGGCAUAUAACAUUUUAUCACAAAUAUUAUGACUGAAGCUAUCAAGAAGCUAAUGGAGGAAGAGUUUAACAAGACAACCAAUCACAUGAUCAGGAAACAUAAAUUCAAAAACAUUGAACACUUCAAAUUUCUGAGUGCAGUGAUAGGGGAAGAAAAUCAGACAAGUAGACGCGAAAAUGAGACUGUAAAUGAUAAUAGAGUAUACUACUCAACAUAUAAACUUCUAGGGUCUAAUCUACUGAUAAGGAAUACCAAAAUGAAGCUGUACAACACAGUCAUCAGACCAGUUCUAACCUAUGGAGCAGAAACAUGGAGAAGAACACCAGCAAUGAGUUUUUUUAGGAAAAAAUGUAUUUAUAGUGAGAUUUUAUGACAUAGUUCUGUGGGAAGAGAGGUUCAGAUAGACUGCAGCAGCAAGGUUCUUUGGGAAAUGUGGCUGGUCUU